AUGUAUACUCCAGUUGUAAGCAAGGUGAAUUUAGUAAAUGAACCUGGAGGGUACUUGUAUGCGAUGAGAAACUACGUUUGCGUCAGAAGAGUGUGGAAUUUGAUCAUAGUACUGAGGUGCUUUAUCGUACUGCCUGAUAAAGAAUAUGACACGUGCGAAGAUGUUCAUGGUAUCUAUCAUCCACUUACCUCAAUUUUUCCCAAGCACAUCAUCUACAAGUCUUAUGCCUACCUCAAUAUUAGAGUUCAUUACACUCCUAACAUUCGUACAUUUAAUCUUCGUGAAGACCUCCCAAGUCCCCUCCUCCACAACCUCAUACUCGUCAUAUGUACCUUCUUUGCAGUGAAAAUAUUAAUAUUUGAAAAUCUUGCUAGUGCUUCAGAGUACCAUCGAAUGUCGUAA